AAUUUCAAGGUCUUUUAUAUGGCUGACGAUAUUGAUACGAAAAGCGAAACGUCUGGUAAAUCAUCACCGACGAGACAAAGCGAAACAGCGCAUAACCAACAAAUUGAACCAACUACGGCAUUCUUAGAUAUCUGCAAACAGUUGGAUCCUGAAAUAGAUGAAGAUUUUAUUGAAAAAGCAUGGAAACAAUACGAUACUGUCGGGAAGCAAUACGUCUUAGAGGUUUGA